AAUGGCCGUUCGGGGUUCCGAGUCGCAGCAGGGUCCCGCAGCUCGUCUUGCGGUAUAAAAUGCAGGCCAUGGAAGACCUUAGCUUUUUGCUCUAGGCUUGUAUCUCCGCGCACGCUCCCCCUACUUCCUUCAAUCGUCCCUCCCCCCACUGCCACCAUGUUGCCCAAAUCUUUCGCACUUUUUGCUGCCUUCGCUGCUUUCGCCUCUGUAUUUGCUUCCCCCAUUCCUGGCAGUGUGGCUGACGUUACUGCCGUUGUUGAGGACGUUGCCAACGAUCUCACGGUCAAUGUGGGAACUCGUGCUGAAGCAGUUGAAAAUGAUUCCCCCUCCUUCGACGAGGUCGUCAAAUUGUUUGAACUCUCGCGGCGAGAUGACGGAUGCAGUGUCAUUGACAUCGACGGUAUCAUCUACAACGUGCUUAACAACGGUACAAUCACUGUCUUGAAGCGCGAUGACUGCAAUGUUGCCAGAGCUACUGCUCAGGUCAGGGAUGUUGUGAACAAGGCCAGAGCCAACGCUCUCAGCGCCAGGUCCAAACGCAGUGAGGAGAAACGUUACUCGUAUGAAGAAAUCGAAGCAAUUGUCGUCAGCGAAGCGAACAAUUUGAAGAAGACCAACGCGGCAACUCGGUCAAAGGCUGACAAACGUGAUGCCGGUGUCUACGCAAUUGUGGAAAGGGUUCUCGACAACUUCCAUGCCGAUGACCUCACGCUAUCCAAGCGUGGCACUUACACUGUCUCCCAAAUUGCCACCGCGGUCAAAAAUGCCCUCGAUGGCGUGACCGGUUCAUCGAAACGCUCAGACAACGUCGACGCUCUUGCCGAACAGGUUCUUGAUGAGUUAUAUGCUCAAGCUGCCAAGCGCACUGAUGACAUCAAUGCUUUCUCUAGAACGCGUCGCCUAUGUGAUUCAAUCAUCUCACGGCGGCAUUCCAUACCCGACAGCCAAGCACAUACUUCGCUCUUUGUUUAUCACUGUCACUCGAAUACCUUAAUGCAAAGAUCUUCCCUCUUGUCUUUGUACCCAGACGAAGUUUAAUGUCCAAGGCCAGACAAGCGGGUGUUGUCUUCAACAUGGCGUCAAUGUCCUCUCUAUCCAUGAUCCGGCGCGUCCUAUUCAACGGCUCUAUUUCACUCCUACGCGUUUAAAUGGUAUUUCUCUGUUUGAUAUCACUCCUACCUCGCCAAGAUGGCACAAUAAAUGACAGCCUCGAUAGUACUCUUGGUUGCAGUUGACUCUAUGGACCAAUCCACUACUAUGUCCUCCAUGCUGAUGAUUUUACGCUUAAAUAUAUACAUAUCAAUUCUACGCCGUACGUGGGAGUCGCACGAAUUUCUUCCGCAGGAUUAACAGUUCCGUCCUUGGAUAUUUCAGAUACAUCGAUUUUACACCGUGUAUCUUCCAG